AUGGGCUGCUUUCAUUCCAAAACGAGAAAUAGGCCAGAGGACUCUGCACUAGCACCGCGACUCUCUGAGCCUAACUACCAGCAGACCGCCGCCUCGAACGAAACCUCUGGCCAAACCCACACGGCAGGGGGCACGGAUUUCGCCAUGCAGCAGGACGUGGCUCCUCCUCCCGCUGCAUCUCAGGACAUCGGGGUCGCAGUGGCGCCGCCGCCAGAGAAUCGGAAGGCCCCCUCGGAACGAUCCAUAUCGCCCACGAGUAAUGCUGGCGGGGCUUCUGUGCUACCUCAGGUAUACCGCGAGACGGCACCUCAUGAUUUCGCCCGCUCAUGA